UCAUCUUCCGGGUCGUUAGGCAGUCGGAUGGGAAAGAGGUGCCCAUCAGGUUUUGCACCGACCCCGGCUUCACCUUUCAUUUCGUCAACUGCUACGAGGACGAAGGUUCAGCUCGUGGUGGAUUUCGUGGGUUACGAUAAUCUUGACAUCUUUGAAGAGUUAUAUGUGGACAAACUGGAUGAGGAGGGGAUCUCCCGUGUGGAUCCUUGCUUCAGGAGAUACGUCCUUCCUCUUAACCUGUCAGCAGCAAAGGUCGGAGAGAACCUCGUAGACCCUGACUACAGUAGGGCCCAGGCCAAACUUCAACCAGACGGAUCCGUGUUUCUCAAACCAGACUUCAUAUUAGAUGGGAACAACAAAGUGGUGAUGGAGCUACCGCGUAUCAACUAUGACAAAUUCAACGGUCGCAAGUAUCGUUACGUGUAUGGGACCGGAAUAUUUGGCAGCAAUAUGCAGUUGACGAAACUGGAUUUAGACAAGAGAGAAGUUGUCACCUGGAAGGAGGAUGGGUGGAUGCCAGGUGAACCAGUUUUCGUCCCAGAGCCCGGUGCAGCGGAGGAGGAUAAAGGCGUGGUUUUGUGCCCUGUUCUCAGUAAGACCGGGAAGGACCCUUGCUUCCUUCUCAUUCUGGACGGACAGACUUUCCAGGAGAUUGCUCGCGCCGAAACUCCGGCUGACCUAAAAAUGCCCUUGACAUUCCAUGGAAACUACGUGCCAAAGGCCAAGUGAAAGUUUAUGUUGGAGGAUAGAGGAGCAGUUAAAUGUUCCUCUGCCUCCGAUCCCUGAGAUCGUUUAAGUGUCUACCGUCUUUCCCUGAGCUCUGAAGUUGCUUUCUAAUCAUCAAAAUAAACUUCAUGCACAUUAACUUUGGAUAACCGUGGUGUGUUGAACUAUGUACAUUAUUACAUGUAUAAUUACAGUGUAUUGCGGCAACAGAGGGUCGUUGACCGAGGAAAUUAAGACUGAAGUCGAGACGAGGAGGAGCAAGAUUUUACUAGCGCAACUUUUUACUAUUUACUAUUUUUACGAAGUGAGGACAUGCUGAAUAAAAUCAUACCCUCCUCAGAA